AUGCAGCGCUUCGUUUGUUUAUUGGCCACAGUCGUCGCUGCUUUGUGGAGCAGUGCAGCGGGCGCUACGUCGAGGCCCAUCAUCUCGAUCACGCGAACUGCAGUGCCGACACUUCAACGUGGCUACCAGGAGCAGGAUACAGCGCGUGCCUUCUACUCCUACGGCUACAGCGAUGAGAAUGCAGCCAGAGCGGAGUAUAGCGCCUUGGAUGGCACCUCGCGCGGCUUCUACUCCUAUGUGGAUGCCAAUGGAGAGUUGCAGACGGUCAAGUAUGAAGCAGGCGGCCGGGGUGGCUUCAAGGCGGAGGCUAGCAAUCAGCCCAAAGCACCCAUUGACGACAAGAAGCCGCCAUUGCCAGUGAGCGAUACGGCUGAGGUGCAGCAGGCACGCCAGGCCCAUCUCAGUGCCGUGCGUGAGGCACAGCAGAAUGCUGAAAGGCAGCAGCAGCAGCAGCUGGACGAGGAGCAGCCACUGAGCGAUGAGGAUGCAGAUAUAUUGGAACGUGUGCGUGCAGAGCUGACUUCCAUGCUGGCAGAGCGACAGCGAGGCGAGGCUCAGCCACAGAAUCAAAGGGAAGAGGCAACAGCUGCUAAGGGGGAUAGCAACCAGGCGGAGGAGGCAGAGAGGACCCAAGCACUGCCACGCGCACGUGAGCAGCGCCUGAAGCUGUCCAACGAUGCCAACGAUCUGCGUCUGCGCACCGUCUACAGCCUGGCGGACAUCAGCUCGAGCAGCUACCUGAAGCUAAGCGACCUCGAAGAUCGGCAGGAUCUGCGUGUGCCAGUGGGCGCCUACUACUCCUACGUCUCACCCAAUGCCAAAUACAGCGUGACCACGCCCACCGAGCUGAGAACCCUGCGACCCGUGGCACUGAGUCGCAGCCUGGUCUUGAGUAAACGGAACUAGAAUCUGUGUGUGU